AUGAAAGUAUUCAGCUCCACCGUCCAUGGCACGUGUAGCAAGACUCAUCUCAUUGACACAGCGGCCGCCUCAGGGUUCAACAGUCAGCGCAGUUUUCACAAUAGUGGGAGUAAAAUGACCAGUGUUUGUGGGAACUAUUUCCCGUCGUUAAUCUGCACUAUGGUGUGCUUCGGCUGCAUAUGCGUGAUGGCUGUGCGAAGGGAGAACCGGUGUAUGAGGCACUACUUCGUGGAGACAGUCCGUCAUCCCAGGAAACAGUGUGAAACAAGGAAUAUACUUUUGGCCCGAUGUGAAGGUUUUUGUUACAAAUCUCGAACCCUACCACGUGUGUCGUUUUCUCCGGUACUAUACAGACCCUUCCGGUAUGUCUGCACGUGCUGUAGAGACGUGUUGUCAAUCAUGAAGGCGGUGGCGCUUCAGUGCGAAGGGGAGGAAACUGUGUUUGCGACAUAUCGCUAUAUUAUCAAAUGUGGCUGUGAACACUGUGGAUCAAAAUAUGGAUGAAGACGUGUUUGUAUUCUUCAAAGUUAUUAUGCUAUUGUUUCACCGGUAAACAUCGGGAGAGCUCGGAAACCACCGGGCAUUUCCGUUUACCACCAAACGUGCCCGAAUGAACACCGAACAUGUCCGAAUGAAUACCGAAUGUUUCCGAAUGUCCAUCGAACAUGGCCAGUAGGUAUCGGCCUCAAAAACGAUUGACGUGUAAUAAUGAUACAUAUCCCAUGCCAUUCAUUACCAAUGAGGAAUUAAGGCGUCAAUCCGCGUUGGUACCUGUCUUUCCAAUGGCUUAUCAGAUGUAGACUUAUCGUGUGUUAUAUCAUAUAUGAAAGUCCGGAUGCUCAUUAAUAAAGUAAUAAGAUAUGGUGUAAUA